AUGAAGGCUGCUUCCAAUCUCAUUAUGUGGUUAGCCAUGGUUCUACUGGUCAGCCUAGCCAUGGUCUUGGGUUUAGUCUUGCUUCUCUUAGCUGAGCUCUACUGCUCUCCCCUCAUCAGCCGCUGCUGCUGCCACCACCACCUUCAACCAACCACCACCACCGGAAACGACUCCGAUGGACAUUCUCAAUCCCACUCAGAUGCUUCUCCUUCACCUCUUCAUAGCCUUACCACUCCUACUGAUACUAGUGAUGACAUAGAAAAACAACUCCAUCAGCCGCCGGAAAAUCAAGAUUCCGGCAGAACCCAACACCAAGAUAAGUCUGGUCAAGGUAAGGUGGCAACCGGAAAACGUUGCUCAGGUGAUUCUGUUAAUGGGUGUUCAAUUGUUUACAUUUCUAAUCCGAUUUUUGAUGAUGAGAAUGGAAGGGGAAGUACGGUGGCCGGUGAUGAUGAUGAUGAUGAUAAAACUCCGUUUGAGACACCGGACACCUCACCAUCCCGGUUGGAGACGGAAGAUUCCUCCGGCGAUGAGGAAAUAUCAUCAAGUAGAACGCCGUUAACACCCAUGAAAAAGCUACCGGCGGGGGCGUGUACGGUGGCUCAGAAAGAUGGCGGUCGGUUGAUGGGGGCUUGGGGUAGUGACACCAAUAGUAAGAAUGAUGUUUCUUCUUCUUCUUCAUCAACUCCUUCUACUUCCCCUUCAUUGUGA